GCCGGCUAAUAUUCGGAAGAUAUUGAUAAAAGGGCCGAAGAAAAAAAAAUAUCCUAAAAAGAGACCAGAAAUCUACAAGAGGAGUAGGGAGACAGAAAAGGAAAGCGGCUGAGUGCGAUAUCUUUAUUAUAUCCCUUCUCCCAGAACAUCUAUUCUCCCCCUCUCACUGGCCAUAAUUUUACUUAAAAGCCUGCAAACCCGAAGCACCCAACAUUUCAGGUUUUGCCGUGAAAGCCGAGUGUGUAUUAAAAAACUUUUUUUUGCAAUAAUAAACAUUAACAUUAAAUGGUUAAAGUUAAACACCAAUAAAAUUUAAAUAAAAAAAUUACAAUGCCUGAAUUAUUUGGCACAGAUGUUUACUGCGUGAACAACUCCCUCAAUGGAGCCCUUUGGCAGAAUAUCGGCAAAAGGAGGGUUGAUUUAUUCUCCCAAAGGACACGCAAGUUGACAGUAAAACAGUUGCCAGAAAAGCUGCGUAGUUUUGUGGAAGAAUCCGUCAAACUCUGCCAACCAGAAGAUGUACAUGUGGUCGAUGGGAGUGACAUCGAAAACAAACUGUUGCUCGACAAGCUCGUCUAUGAAAAAACGCUUGUACCACUGGCUGGCAUGAAAAAUUGCUACUUGGCAAAAACAGACCCUCGAGAUGUUGCAAGAGUCGAAUCGAAAACGUUCAUCUGCACUAAGAAGAAAGAAGACACAAUUCCAACACCAUCCCAAGGGGUCAAAGGGAUGCUUGGAAACUGGCAAUCGCCGGAGGAAAUGGACAAGGCUUUGAAGGAGAGAUUCCCAGGAUGCAUGAAAGGAAAGAUCAUGUAUGUUGUACCAUUCAGCAUGGGCCCUGUUGGCGGUCCUUUGUCAAAACUCUGCCUCCAACUCACCGAUUCGCCGUACGUCGUCGCGAGCAUGAAGAUUAUGACGAGAAUGGGAGAACAAGCGUUCGAAUUAAUGAAGCUACAGAAUGGAGAAGGAGUUGUCAGGGCAUUGCACUCUGUUGGGACAAAAUCGGAAAAACCAUCCUGGCCUUGUGAUCCAGAAAACACAAUUAUCAUGCACAGGCCUGAAGAUAAUUUUAUAGCAAGUUAUGGCAGUGGUUAUGGAGGAAACUCUCUUUUAGGUAAAAAAUGUCUCGCUCUUAGGAUAGGAUCAACAAUAGCAAGGAGAGAAGGAUGGCUUGCAGAACACAUGCUGAUCUUAGGCAUUAAAGCUCCUCACAGGCCAAAGAGAUAUAUAUGCGCAGCUUUCCCUAGCGCAUGUGGCAAGACUAAUCUUGCUAUGUUACAACCAUCAAUACCAGGAUACACAGUCGAAUGCGUCGGGGAUGACAUCGCUUGGAUAAAAUACAAUGAAAAAACCGGAAUGUUUCAUGCGUUGAAUCCGGAAAAUGGGUUUUUCGGAGUUGCACCCGGAACAUCGUGGAAGACGAAUCCAAAUGCCAUGGCGUCUAUGCAGGAGAAUUCCAUUUUCACAAAUGUAGGCGAGACAUCCGAUGGAAAAGUGUGGUGGGAAGGUAUGGACCCGCUUCCUAAGGAUGUCACCAUGAAAACAUGGCUCGAUGAGACUUACGACGGCACCAAACUUGCAGCACAUCCAAACUCAAGAUUCACUUGCCCAGCUAAGCAGUGUCCAAUAAUUGAUUCUAAAUGGGAAGAUCCUGAGGGUGUGCCCAUUAGUGCUUUCCUUUUUGGCGGAAGACGUCCUGAGGGUGUACCACUCAUAUAUGAGGCAUUCGAUUGGCAACAUGGUGUAUUUGUCGGUGCUUCGAUGAGGUCUGAAGCAACAGCUGCCGCUGAACACAAAGUGAAGCAGAUAAUGCACGAUCCGUUCGCAAUGAGGCCGUUUUUCGGCUACAACUUUGGCCAAUACCUCAAACACUGGCUCUCGAUGGAGAAAAACACGAAUAAAAUGCCGAAAAUAUUCCACGUCAAUUGGUUCAGAAAAUCAAAGGAUGGCAAAUUCCUUUGGCCCGGAUUCGGUGAGAACGUCAGGGUUUUAGACUGGAUUUUGCAACGGGUUGAUGAAAAAUGUGACGACAUCGCGGAUAAGACUCCAAUCGGCUAUGUACCAAAACCGAACUCAAUUGAUGUCGAAGGUCUAGAUCCGAAGCCCGAUAUGAACGAGCUAUUAUCAGUACCAUUAGACUUCUGGCAGAAAGAGGUGACUGAAGUUGAAAAAUACUUCAAUGAACAAAUCAAUAAAGAUCUGCCAGAAGAAAUCUGUGUCGAAUUGGAAGGACUUAAAAAACGUCUUAAUAAAAAAUGAAAUGUGAA